AUGGUGGCCAAACAGCGGAUCCGGAUGGCUAACGAAAAGCACAGCAAAAACAUCACACAGAGAGGGAACGUAGCCAAAACCCUGAGGCCCCAAGAGGAGAAAUAUCCUGUAGGACCAUGGCUACUGGCACUGUUUGUUUUUGUUGUCUGUGGAUCAGCUAUCUUUCAGAUCAUUCAGAGUAUAAGGAUGGGCAUGUGA